GCGCGGGGCGGUACGCGGUUCUGCUGCGCUGGCUCACUGCCUCGCUAUUCGCCCGCAGGAGCCCGCGCUUCCGGUAGCAGGGCAGUCUCGCGACUCGGUCUGCGCGUGAUUUUCUCUACACCGUGAGCCGUACGGACGCUCCAGCUGUGCGAACAGAUAAUAGACAAGAGACUCGCCCUCACAACGAGAUGAACGUUAAUCAUUUUCAGAAGAAACAAGAAACUAUACUGCAGAUGUACAAACGCUCAGUCAUUGCUUAAGGACUGUAUUGACACAAACAGUAAAGUGGAGCAGGAAAGGAUUUCGUAAUUAAACAAAGUGAAGUAAGCUGGGACUCGGCAUUCACAGCCCGUUAAGCGGUCAAGACAGCGACCUUUUGCUUUGUUGCCUGAGACGUUUCUUACAGAAUCAGUGGGCCUACGACGUCCACACUUCCUUUCAGUUACGUCCUUGGAUAACAAGUGCGUUUGUUUGUACUCCAAUGGAAAACUUAUCUGAAGUGCUGCCGACGUGAAAGAUUUCCGAUGUAAGACAUAAGUAGAACGGUUAGAACUGAUAUCGAUUGAAAUAAAUGCGGAUGUAGCUCUCCGUCCGCAUUCCGGAGUUUCGCGAAAGGAAUUUUAUGAUUAUUUCUAUCUCACGUGUGCUAAAUUUCUAUCGUACAUCCAGAUCCGUUAUUCAGAUUGUAACUUCCAAUCUGAGGUAUCUAACGGUGAUAAACCAAGCUUUAUAAUCUAUCGAGGCUUGAAAUUUACAAAUGGAGAGUGUCUGAGAGUUAAAAGUGCGCGAGUGGUAUACUGGUAGACGUAUACAACAAUCGAUACAAAUUUCACGUCCGCUGCAUUAUUACACAAAGUUCAUCGCCACCCGUUCGGAUUACUGGAAAAUCGUUUGUGGAUUGUGAAUCAGUGCAGUGUCUUAGCUAGUGUCGCUUAGUUCAUACAGGGAAGAUGCACGCACGUGUCUGUGAAACGUCCUGCAGAAAUUGUGCAGCGGAUCCACCGCUCCGGUUUGUCAGGUGACUGGGAUACCGCCCGACAUGCUCUGCUACGCGCUGCUACAGGCGCACGACGUGGUGGCGCACGAGGUGUACGGGGAGGACGCGCUGCGCGUCACGCCGCCGCCGCUGCUGCCCUAUCUCAACGGCGGCGACGACCUGGACGGCCCCAAUGGCGACAUCGACAUGGAGAACGUGACGCGCGUCCGGCUCGUCCAGUUCCAGAAGAAUACGGACGAGCCCAUGGGUAUAACGCUGAAGAUGAAUGAAGAGGGAAAGUGUAUCGUGGCUCGUAUUAUGCAUGGAGGCAUGAUACACCGACAGGCCACCCUUCACGUAGGCGAUGAAAUCAGAGAAAUCAACGGAAUUCCUGUUGCCAACCAGUCGGUCAACGCCUUGCAGAAGAUACUGAGAGAAGCACGAGGAUCAGUCACCUUCAAAAUUGUUCCAUCAUACAGGAGUGCUCCACCGCCCUGUGAGUUGUUCAGGAUUAGGCCUCUGCCAGUAUUAAUUUUUGUUCGUGCACAGUUUGAUUAUGACCCGUUGGAUGAUGACCUGAUACCUUGUGCACAGGCUGGUAUAGCUUUCAAAACAGGAGACAUCCUGCAAAUAAUAAGCAAAGAUGAUCACAAUUGGUGGCAAGCAAGGAAAGACAAUGCUGCUGGCUCAGCUGGUCUUAUUCCUUCACCAGAACUCCAGGAAUGGAGAACGGCCUGCAUGGCGAUGGAAAAGAGUAAACAGGAACAAGUGAAUUGCUCAAUAUUUGGCCGCAAGAAAAAGCAAUACAAGGACAAAUACCUUGCCAAGCAUAAUGCAGUGUUUGACCAAUUAGAUUUGGUUACCUAUGAAGAAGUUGUUAAACUACCAUCAUUCCAGAGGAAGACGCUGGUUCUCUUAGGUGCACAUGGUGUUGGAAGAAGGCAUAUAAAAAAUACACUAAUAGCAAAAAACCCUGACAAAUACGCAUACCCAAUUCCACAUACAACGAGGCCACCAAGAAAUGAUGAAGAAAAUGGUAGAAAUUAUUACUUUGUGUCACAUGAUGAAAUGAUGGCAGACAUAGCAGCAAAUGAAUAUUUAGAAUACGGGACACAUGAAGAUGCAAUGUAUGGUACAAAACUGGAGACAAUCAGGAAAAUUCACCAAGAAGGAAGAAUGGCCAUUUUAGAUGUGGAACCACAAGCUCUUAAAGUAUUAAGAACAGCCGAAUUUGCACCAUAUGUAGUUUUCAUUGCUGCCCCUGUGCUUCAGAACCUUGCUGACUAUGAUGGAAGCUUAGAACGAUUAGCGAAGGAAUCUGAUCUUCUGCGGCAAGCCUAUGGGCAUUUCUUUGACUUAACUAUAGUUAAUAAUGAUAUAGAAGAGACAAUAGCUGCCUUAGAAAAAGCCAUUGAACGUGUUCAUACUACACCACAGUGGAUACCUGUCUCAUGGGUCUACUGACAGAAGACACUUUCAGAGUCUACAACUUCAAUAAAGUGAAAAUGGGAAACAGAAAAAGUGAUUAAGUGCAUGAAUAAGAAGUUACUGUGUUUGUUAUGCUCAAUUUCAAUUCUGGUAUGUGUAUGUUAAUGAUCUUCCUGUGGAUAACUGCUGAAUCAAAUAAGAGUGGUAUUAUGUUUAUCUUCAACUCUUUUUCAGGAAAGUUGUGUCACUUUAUUUCUCAGUUCAUUACUGGAACACAAACAUGUAGCUGUAGUAAGUGAUUCCAAUCCUAAAUUUUUAAAAUUUCAUAAAACUUGAAAGACUUUUAUUUAUACAAAUUUAUGUUCUGUGAACAAUUAUUAUUUGAUUGUAAUAUGAACUACAAGGCAGUGUUAAACUCCUGGUUUGAAAUAUUAGGAAAAUAGUUUUGUUUAUUGUAAGGGAAUAUGGAUACACAUUUAACUAUGUUGUUGAAUAAGUUUUGUUUGUCCUCCAUUGUAAGAAAUAAUUUUCAGAAGUAGGUGACUGACUAAGUGUCAGUUAUUUUGUUGCAGUAUUUGUGAAAGGUAGGCUGAAUGUUUGUACUGUACUGUUAAGUUAUUCCAUUGAUCCUGAAUUGUGUACUGAUUGUUAUGUCAUCAACACAACACUAUUGUUUGAAUGCAAAGAUCAGCUCUAAUUCAGAGACAUUCCAAACAUAUUGUUAACAUUCCUCCUUCAUGUUUCUUCUUCUUUUCUAUCAUUUACUACAGCUCCAGUUUCUGUGUUCAUGUGAAUAAAUUACUGGGCAUUAGCAAAUCUGAUUUUUAGUUGUUGGUAACUUUUCAGUUUUCAAUGAUGCUAAUUGUGCUGAAGCUGAACAUGUUUCAAAAAGCAAUAGCACUGUACUGAUUUUUCAUGAAUUAAUUAAUAACAUCCUAUUAUUUAUAGUGGACUAGAACUGCACUGGAAAUCCCAUUUGUCACAUUCUAUAUUAGUUUACUAAAGAAUAAACACUAAUGUUUGAAUUCUUUUAUAGCUAUGUUUUCCUUUGUAUUACAUUUUGAGAUCUAUCCACAAAAGCAAUCUGAAUAUCCAAAUAAUUAUAUAGUUUUUAAGAAAAGGUACUAAAAUAUUUGGAAUAAUUAUCAAAAUUUGUAAUUCAACAGUUAUUCGAAAGUCUGAACUGCUAUUUUACCUAAACUAUUCAGCAAUUGGUUCACUGUAACAUUUGCAUGUUUCAGUUAACAAACUGUGAGUGAUAUGCAGUUACAAGUGUUCAUCUUAUAUGCACAAAUAGUAAUAUUGUUGAUUAGAAUUUUUAAAGUAAAAUUUUAUCAAACUAUGCAAGUAAUGUAAUACAGAAAGUGCACAAAUACGACCACUGUUAUAGAAACAGUGCUCUAUAAAAUUAAGCACAAACUUAGUGUAUGCUCAGUUAUGAAGUAUUUUACAAUACAACUGAAGUGCCAUCUUGAAGUACUGUGAAUAAAAUUUUGACUUAAUCUAUGCAAAAUGACAGAACAUUAAGUAUUAACAUGAACAUUCUGCCUACAAUAUUUCAUGCAGUAUAUAUGAAGAGGAUGUGGAUAGUGCUUUGUACGUGUAAGGUGUUAGGGUAAAUGGUGGACUUUCCCAGACGUUACACUUCUUGACUGCUCAUGAAUAUGUCAAGUGUGCAGAAGAGGAAGUAUUCAGCAGUGUAAGCAGCAGAAGUGCAUAUGUUUGCAUCUGAUGUGUGUUUGGCUACUGUGCUGUUUAUCUGCAGUGAUUUGGGCUGUGAGUGAUGAAGCAAUAUGCUUUCAAGAAUGAAUUUGAGUGUUGUCCAUUAAAGGUGCAAGAAAGUGGGAUUUAAAAUUAAGAAAUAUUGUAGUGAAUGAGGAAAGAUGUUUUCACUAUAAAUUUGGAAAAACUUCAAAUACUAACAUUGUUAUUGCAAUUUAACAAAGUGACACAAUCUGAAGAGCUUCAGCUGUGUAAAAAUCUUUUCGUGUCAUAAAUACCUACAACUACUGAAAGAAAUAUUACAAUCAGGAUAUUGAUGCAACUAUAUGUAGAUGGAUCAAGAAUGUAGAAGCAACAUGCAAAAACUAGAAAACUUUAUUGAACAUAUGGGAAUGAACUUAUGUGGCUUGUUUAAUGUGAAUAGAUUGAGACUCAAUAAACGAAGUUUUAUGUGCAUCUGUUUCUGUCAUACAUACAUGUGUUUCAGUUGCUUAAGGGCCUGUGUGCCCUUCUAUGAUUUUUGAAACUGACCUGCAGAUUAAGUACAAGCAGUGAAAUGACUAAUUUUUUCUCUCUCUAUGUACUUGAAAUUAUUGUUUUGUAUGUAUUCUUACUUAAGUCAAAUCCUUCUAAUAUCAGACAAAAUCAGUUUAUUGCUGGUGUUACGUGAUUUCAUAUUCACAAAAAGAUACUUUGCUGUAAACAGUCAGUAAAUUUUGUAAUUGUGUGUAUGUUUUUUUCUAUUUUAAUAAUAAUCUGGAUACAAACUUUGGGGAAGAUAUCUUCACUGGACAAUUUACCAUCAAGAAAUUGUUGCGGGAGAUGCUACUCUUGUGAAAGAUACAGAUUUAUCUUAAUUUUGUAGUUAAUGUAGCAGUGUUUUAUUUAUUACCAGUUUCCUUUUAUACCAGCUGUUUUGUUUUAUUCCAAAAUAUUGCAGUAGUUUUGACACUAAUAUUUUCAUACUAAUUUUCUUUUUCUGGGAGGAAAUACAGUAAUAAAGGUCAGUGUGUCGUUAGUCUGAAGCACUAUACAUCAACGCUAUGUUUUGAUUAUGCAUAAUGUUGUGUUUGACCACUAGACACACGAAUUUAUAUUCUGUGCCCAGCAUUCUGAAGUAAACAGUCCAAAAUGACCAACAAAUUGUUUACAUCAGCAUAGGAAGAUGCUUAUAGAAUACAUUACUGGAAGUGGCCUUUAAGCACAAUCAGAAGUCCUGGGACUGCAGCAAGAUCUGCUGUGUAAUGUUGAACUGUAUUACCACUAUAAAACUCAAAGCACUGAAUACAUAUUUUUAAAACUUCAAGUUUAUGUUGUAUUCUACUUCCUAAAGCAGAAGUAAAUUUUGUUGCUUAUUUAAGGGUUCUCAAGAAACUGAAGAAAUAUGUUCAAUAAAAACAUUGUCAUUGUAUCACAUGAUUGGUUAUAGAUAGAUGGUGUCACCCUGAAUAUUUUGUACUGUGAAUUUCUAUUACAUGAUCUCCAUUCAUCAUGAGGUAACUUCAGAUUUCACUCUACAUCAGCAGUGAAUAAAAUGGUCUCUACAGUGGUGAGCUGAAACUGGUCUGUGGUCAGAAUAAUGGAUACAAAAUUUAUCUCUUGAAACUGAACAUUGUCAACUCAGUGAUAAACAUCUUCUCUCAUGGAUCUCCUACUGGGACAUGCUCAAAGGAAAGUUGGAUAUGCUGACAAAUAACAUUCAGUACACCUGUGAAUAUGUCAUUAUUUGAAUAAAAAUAAAUUGUUAUUGAGAUUCAGAAC